AAAAGCUGAGGAUCCUGGGGAAAUGCAAAGAAAACGCGAAGGAGGUGCGAGGUCAGAAGGGGGCGGGGCCCGGGCUACAGGGGAGGAGCUCGAGAAAUUAAACGAGGAAAGGGACAAGUCCGCAGAAGGUGGAAGGUGGGACAAGGGAGAGGGUGGGCCCGGGCGUUGCGGGGGCGGGGCUCGGACUGAAGGGGCGAGGUUUGCAGACGGAGGCUACAGCUAGGGCUGCUCAGUAACUGCCCCAACCACUACCACGUCCCCAAGUGCAACGGGACCCACGGAACUACAGGUGUGGGGCAGGGUGAGCGUGGAAGAAGGGACGCGGAUGGGGGUGCGCUUUGCAGAAGAUCUGGAGACUGCUGUGUGUUGAGGGAAGAUACGAAGUCGCGGGAGCAGUUGGGGACUCAACUGGUGGGCAACAAGGGUCCUGCUGAGCUCAGGAGCUGCACGGAAUGGUGGCAGUCACCUUGCCAGUGCAGCAGGCAUGGAUCAGACUGCAAGCUAGGGGCACGAGGCAUCAGUUGGGAAGAGGGGACGCACAGCUAGGCUUGAGGCCUCUUCAUCGGGAUGUCCCCAGGCCCCCCAGCCCAGGCCCAGCAUAAAGGCCGUGUUGGGGGGCCCCCCUGACCCAAGGGGGGCUUCAUGCGCCACGUGCAGGCGGAGCUGUCUCCAUCCUCAGAGCCGGAGGCUGGCCCUUCACAGCCUCCAGUCAGGCAGGGGGCCCUCCAGGGUGGCCUGCUCAUGGGCUACAGCCCAGCAGGGGGGGCGACAUCCCCCGGGGUCUACCAGGUAUCCAUCUUUUCCCCUCCGGCUGGUACCUCUGAGCCUCAUAGGGCCCUGAAACGACAAGCCCCACCCACUGAGGGUCCCCGGGAGCUGAAGAGAGGCCCUGGGCUGGGGGCCAGAGAGGGACUACCCCCUGAAGAACCAUCUACUGUGGGGCUCUUGGGCCCAGAGGGACCGGGGCUGGGACUAGGUGUGGCCAGCCAACAUUUCUCCCACCGUGGCCUCUGUGUUGUAGAACAGAGAAGUAGUGUCACCUCAUCUUGGACUUCAGGGGCCUGGAGUCCCCCCUGCCCCCCAUCAAAUGCUCCCUGCAAUACUUUGCACACCAGAGACUGGGCCUCCCCAGAUCCAGGGGGACAGGGGUCCCUGGGGGAGUCCCCAGGGCCAGCCCCUCCAGGCCAGCUGCACACAUUUGACACUGAUUUGCACAGUCUUGCACAAAUAGGGGGUAAGAGCCCAGUGGCUGGGGUGGGCAAUGGGGGUAGCCUCUGGCCUAGGGAGUCCCCUGGCCCUGCCAAUGGGCACAGUCCCGAGCACACACCCCCUGGCCCUGGACCCCCAGGCCCCUGCCCCACCAAGCGAAGGCUGCUUCCUGCUGGAGAAGCCCCAGAUGUCAGCUCUGAGGAAGAGGGGCCAGCCCCUCGGAGGCGCCGGGGAUCCCUGGGCCACCCUACUGCUGCCAACAGUUCUGAUGCCAAAGCCACACCCUUCUGGAGCCACCUGCUGCCUGGGCCCAAAGAGCCUGUUUUGGACCCAACAGACUGCGGUCCCAUGGGGCGGAGGCUGAAAGGAGCCCGUCGCCUGAAGCUGAGCCCCCUUCGAAGCCUCCGGAAGGGGCCAGGCCUGCUGAGCCCCCCCAGUGCCUCCCCUGUUCCUACCCCUGCUGUCAGCCGUACCCUGCUGGGCAACUUUGAGGAAUCACUGCUGCGAGGACGUUUUGCACCAUCUGGCCACAUUGAGGGCUUCACAGCAGAAAUUGGAGCUAGUGGGUCAUACUGCCCCCAGCAUGUCACGCUGCCUGUCACUGUCACAUUCUUUGAUGUUUCUGAGCAAAAUGCCCCGGCUCCCUUCCUGGGCAUCGUGGAUCUGAACCCCUUGGGGAGGAAGGGUUACAGCGUGCCCAAGGUGGGCACCGUCCAAGUGACCUUAUUUAACCCCAACCAGACUGUGGUAAAGAUGUUCCUCGUGACCUUUGACUUCUCGGACAUGCCUGCUGCCCACAUGACCUUCCUGCGCCAUCGCCUCUCUUUGGUGCCUGUGGGUGAGGAGGGAAAUGCUAACCCCACCCACCGCCUCCUCUGCUACUUGCUGCACCUCAGGUUCCGGAGCUCCCGCUCAGGCCGCUUAAGCCUGCAUGGAGAUAUCCGCCUGCUUUUUUCCCGUCGGAGCCUGGAGCUGGACACAGGGCUCCCCUACGAACUGCAGGCUGUGACCGAGGCCCCUCAUAAUCCACGUUAUUCACCUUUGCCCUGAUUGCCAGCACUCUGAACCCAUGCGGGCUAAUGACCUGCCCAUCCUGCUCCAUCUUAGAGAACAUAUAUGGAGAGACAGGAAGAGACCCUUCAGGCUUGAAUUAAAGCCCUCACCAUGCUCACACCCAAAUGGAUUAUUUGGGUGUUUAAAGCUUCUGAUUCUUACUACACCCUGCCCUACUUCGGGUACUCCAUGUGCCUGUCCCCUCCCUUGGGUUUCCCAGGCCAGCUUAGGUAGUAGGGAGGAACCAGAGCUACCCUGAGAUUUUCUCAAGUUCCCAGGCAAGUUAUGCCAGCGUUGCCUCCCUGUCCUGGGCAGGGGCCACUUAUUAUUUUAUUUAUUUUUAAUUUAUAAUUUAUUCAAAUUGGAUUGCCUUGGUAACCUCCCACACCUGAUAAUUGGCAUCACUCCUCCCCGCUUCCCACUCUCAGAUAUUGCUCCAACCUCAGGAGUUGAAGAGGCUUAUGCGGUGGGGGCAGGAGGAGAACUGCUCUCCCUCAGCUGAGGGAAGAGGGGCUAUUCCAGAGGGACUGAGUCAGUAGCCAAAGACUCAGCUUCCCCUGUCCUUCCCCUAGUCCCUUCACUUCCCCUACCCUCUGACCUAUCUCUGAAAGCCAAGUUAUGCGUAUGUGUGUGUGCACAAGCUUGUCUUUGUGUGGUAUGUGUUUGUGAGUGUGCAUGUAUGCACACACACAGGGGUUAACCACCCCUCACCUAGGGCUCCAGACUCCAAUUGUCCCUCUCCUCCUACCUGUGUCUCCUUGCUUUGGGGUCCUGACUGAAGAAGGUGUCCAGGGGGCAGAGUCAGGGCCAAGCACUGGGGUGCCUCCUCUCACCUGGCCAGACUCUGACCCACCUACCUCAGCUGGGGUGAGGGGCACCCCUCAAACUCAGUCAUGUGGUUCCAAACUACCCCAUUCCCCACUCCAGACUCUGACCCAGCCUCAGUCCCAACUCCUGGGGCUGGGCUGAGGGGAACAAGCAUUUGCUGAAACUUGAAAAAACAAAGCAAAUCAAAAACAGGAAAAAAUUGUACCUGGUACUUUUUUUUAGAAAAAAAGAUUAAAACAGAAAGAAUAAAUUCUUGUUGGAAACUUGAA